CCUGCACUCAGCCCUGCACGUAGCUGUGGAGGGUCUCCCAUGGGACACCACCCCCUCCUCAGCCACAGGAGAGGAGGCCUGGCCUCUGCCCCCAAGCACGUGGACACCAGCCUAUACAACAUCCAGCGACUGCUGCACAUCUGAGGGAGGAAGCACAUGUCGGCCACUGAGGUACAGCUCUCUUGGGAUAGCUUUAAUAGGAGAGUCUUCCGGCUGGACCCGGGCAGGCUGACGACCCAGAGGAGCAGGCCCGAGAGCAGCGCUACCGAGGAGGCACGGGGCCUGGCCCUGACCUGCAGCCUCCGGGAUGGGGAGCAUGGUGGCCGCGCACAGAUUAGGCUGCUGGAUGAUGAGGCCGAAGCCACUGGCCUCAUGCAGAUCAUGGAAGCCGUGCCGGGCUGCAGAGUGGGCGGCCUGCACGCCACCGUGCCCAUCCAGGGGGUUAACCAGCUGCAGAAGGCCAGUGUCUGUCUCUGCCAUGUCUGUGAGAAGGAUGAGGACUUGGUGACCCAGGAGUUGGCGACCUGCCCACUAACCCAAGACCUACUGCAGGAGGAGCUGAGGCAAGGUGCUUUCAAGAUCUACGUGUGGCAGGGACGCAUGUCCAGCCUCCAAGAGAAAAAGGCUGGCUUCAGCCCGGCUCUGGGCCUCAUCCAGGCCAAAGGCGACCCGACCGACACCCACGUGGAGGUGGUGAACGCCGGCGCGGGAACAGGAGGCAGCGCAGGGUCGGUAAAUCGGCUCAGGGCGCGGGCCCGGCUCCGUCUCAGCAGCCUCUGGAGUCCUCGCUGCUUGUGUGUCCCGGGCCCGCACGCCAACUGCGUCCUGGCUGACAGCGGCGGCGCAAGUGUGGUGGGGCCCGACUUGCGCCCGGGCCCGCGGCGGAAGGUCACCUGCAGCCCCCUGUGCCAGCCCGGCACAGAUGAGGCACGCGCCGAGGCCAAGGAGAGCUUUCUGGCCGGGCACAGACUGGGUGCGCAGGUGCGGUGCGCCCAGGAACCCCGCGGGCAGCCGUGGGCCCCGGCGGGUCGCACACUGUGUGCAGGCAACUGCUGCCUCACCCUCCACACAGACCAGAAGACGGGCCGCGUCCAGUGUAUCCUAUACCUGUGGCAGGUGCGCUGGCCCGAGCGGGGUGGCCGGCACCUUCGGGCCCCGGAGCUGAGGCCCCGAGAACGGGAUCUAAGAGCCGCUCCAGGCCCCCACUGUCCCCACCUGCAAGGCCGCCACGCCACCUCCCGCGACGCCGAAGGCCCGAACUGCAAAGCCGCGGAGCCCUGGUGCAGGCGCACGCCAGCAGCUCCAGGAGCGGCCGCUGCUUCCGUUUCUGCCCCUGCUCCCCGGAGCCGCCACAAAGCAGAAGCACAGGACAAGGGGCGCACGGGGCACAGUGGGGAGGAGUGGCCUGCACCUGCCACCAGGCUCUUCCACGUGCAAGACACCGACAGCUACAAUGCCAGGACCGUGGAGGUGCCAGCCCGUGCCUCAGCCCUCCCCCCAGGGAUGCCUCCUCGGCCCUCCCUCCAGCUAGGGACGGGUCUCCGCCCCCACGAGGGCGCAGACUUCGUGUCCAGCCUCAGCCAGGCCAGGCGCGGGUUCCUGUGGAACCUGAUGCUCCCCAGAGUCCCCUGUGAGGGGGGAGGGCUGGAGGUGAAGACCCCCUCGGGGCCUGACCCAGCUCUCCGUGGGGUGGGCCAGGGCCGCAGCGGUGGCCAGCGUGAGAUGGCGCGGGCAGUGGUCACUGCCAUCCCUGCGGAGAACAAGGGAACGGUGCUGGAGAGUCGGGAGCCCCCCCACUUCUGGGGGGAGGCCCUGGGAGGCCAGGCCCCCUACCCCAGCGACAACAGGUACAGGAUUGGGAGGAGGGCGAUUUCCUUCCACGGAGGAGCCCUGGCUAACUGGGAGCAGGAAGAUGCCCCGAGAGCUGGGUCGUGGCGCCCUCUGCUGGUGAACGUGCUCCCUGCCUUGUCCCAGUCCCGGACCUUAUCAGUGACCGAGGGCAAGACAGCAAAGCCCCAUUUCCCUGCCCACAGUCCGCAGGGGCCGAGCCCGACGGAGUGCUCCAGCCGCCCGGCCCUGGCAGAGAGGGUGCUCUUUCGCCAAGAGGACCUGGACACGUGUGACGUCAUGUCACCGGACAACCUGGCAGGAGGUGGCGGCCACCGCUGUCCGGCCGGGCGGGGGUGGCAGGCGGCGUCCGUGCCUGUGCCGCCGGCGCGAGGGUGCGCGCAGCUGUGGGAUGGGGCGAUUGUGUUUGUGGGCGGCCACGUGACUGUGGGGGUGGCCAGGCGCCCUCUGUGGCUUCGGGAAGCUGCCAGUACGUGGAAGAAGGCGCUGGUGGACUGGGGCUGGGAUGCGGCAGGGAGGAGCCCCGCCACGCCCCGUGUGCCGGUCAAGCAGAGCCAUGAGCCCCCCACCUUCGCCGGAUGGCUCCCCACCUGGGACCCCUACAAGUGGACUAGCAGCCAGUCCCACAAGGAGGUGCUGGAGGGCAGCCUGGGAGCGGCGCCGGCCACAGCUGAGGUGACAGCAGCGAGCACAGGGUCCUCCGGGCUCCCACCAGGGUCCGCGCUCGCUCCGCACAAUCCGGAUGGGCAGAACGGGCCCUGGCGGAGGGCCAAGCAAGGGCAGGCCCCCCAGGCCCCCCAGGCCGGCUCAGGGCAUGGGCUGCAGCCAGGACCCAGGGCAGGGGCGCCGGCACCGGCUCCAGCGGCCACCACGGCAGCCCCCGCCCGCGGUCAGGGGAGCCCGCCCCGCGAACAGCUGCCACGUCGGGCUGCCCAGGACCCGCCGGAGGGUGUGGGCCCAGCCCUCAAGGGGGCGCCCACCGCCCCUGCCACUCACCACCCCUAA